GCAUGAGCCAUACUCAUGGCCACAAGUGAAUUAUAAGUUGUAUGGGACAAAAGGGUGAUCGAUUCAUUUAAGCUUUCAGUCGGUACUUUAUUGGAUUGGAAUUCAGUUGAGUCUUUAUAGAGGCUUCCGAUUUUUGUUCUCUUUUAGUAAAAUCACACACAUCUAUCAUGGCUGAUCCUGAUGCACCUGCCUGGAUGCUCGAUGGUGACGACACAGAUUUAUCUGCUGAUGUCGCUGGUGACGAAGAAGUGAUCGAAGAGGAUACUGAGCCGGCCAAACCAGUUGAAGCUCCUAAACCACCAGCCGAAUGGAGGAAAACUUAUAAGCUCGCUAUCGAGGAAAAAGACAGGCGCAAGAUUUUCAGACACUGGGCCCGACCGACCAGGCUUCAGUACAACAUCUUGUACGAAUACCAGAGCAAUUACUACGACGACUACAUAAAUUACAUGAACAGGCGGCAGAGGGGACUGUACGACCCGGUCCCUGUGCCGCAGACGUGGGAGGAACGUGUGCUCAGGACGUGCACCAAAGACGGCCGCCGUCUGUCGUCGUCCGACUUCCCGCUGGUCAAGUCCAAGCUCAACGACUACAUGGUAAUACCGUCCAUUUGCCGGGCAGAUCACGACAAGCAUUACUACUACAGACAGUACUACGACCAGCUCAUCGGUACACCUUGGGUUACGCUGUCAACAUUAGGACGUCAUCCUAAUAUGUUGGAUGUACCACGGCCAUCAAUUAAAGACCGAUUGCAUGCUCAAAAUAUCUAAAUUUAUAAUUUUCAAUGCUACAGAUAAAUUAGACUUACAGCAAACUCUGCUGUACAAUAUACUAAUACUAAUAUACUAUGUAUUAUAGAACCAUCAACCAAUAAAACUGAAUUUCUACAUCAUUU